AUGAAGCAAAGCACCGUAAAGAUCAAUGACCAUAUCUUAGUAAACAGAGCUAAUGAAAGACAGACGCCGAAGCACACAACAGAGAAGGAAGGAGGAAACGGACCUGGUUCCCAAGCCGCAACCAAAAAUUGGAACGUGACACGCAUUCGCACGAAUGUCUUCACAAACGGGGAGUGGCCCAUCAUAUAUCCACAGAAGCGAGAAAACUUUUCAAUCGGGCCGGAGCAGUCCAUCAGUACUGUUGUCGGUUUGGCCUGGUCCCCGCCAGGACUUGCCAAGUAUAGACGCUGUGUCUUGGCAGUAUUGACUUCUGGUCUUCUUCUAUCAUUCUAUGAUAUUAGUCCUCAAGGAAAAUGGACACGGGUUGCUAUCGUCAACGACUGUUUAAACUCGUACUUCAAAUCGCUUAUUGAUGAUGAAGAGCUCAGGUUACGGAAGUCCAAUAUCCGUUCUUUUACGUGGUGUCCGCCUCUUAAAGUUCCGAUUCCAGAACAGGAUGCCACAAGCUACGCAGUGCCACCCCCUGAAAGCCGCUGGGGCAUGUACUUACUCUCGGUUACCAAUGACGACAAUGAUGUGAUUCUUCUGCAGGCCCGGAGAUCCACAGAUCCGACUUCCGCAAGCCUAUACUCUUUCGAAGUCCUGUCACUGACUUCACUUUAUGAACAUACAGAGAAUCAAAAUGUUCAACCGGGCUCGAUAUUCUCCUCUGCACUCAGGAACCGCGCUAGGGCAUCUUUCAUGUCGCCGGGCCCGUGGAUAUAUCAGCCAACCAAGGAGAAUAAGGGUGUUUGUUCUGCGAUUGGGAAUGUGGCUAUCACAUUGGGGGUAAAGCUCAAGAUGGUCAGACAUGUCGUAACCUUGAUAUUGGACAAUGACCAGACAGAUUCUGCAGUGAAGUACAAGGCUCGAUGUGUUUCUGAAGAGAACACCUCGUACGGUGGGCUCUUGAACAAUUACCACUUGACUGGUGCUCUGCAUUGGAUACACACAGUAAGUUUGCACUAA